AGCGUUGUAGUAGUAAACGUUAUUUCUCAAAACGUUAAACAAUUAACAACCUGGUUUAUUCAUGUACUCUUUUAAAUUUAAAACGCAAUGCCUUCGUUUUCAAAGCGCAAAAGGAACACGCGGGACAUGAGGUGCGUGUCAUUUCCGGAGGACGUCAGGGAAACGUUCAGCAGGAGGGGAACCUGCGAGACGCCGAAAGCCGCAAAGUCGUCAUGGCAGACGUGCGGGGACAGCUUCCUGGACACUCCUGUGGUGGAGGUGCGGGACGAGCAAUCCACACACGGCUUUUCACACGCAGUAUCUCUUCCUGAAUCCGCCAAGAAUGUUUUUGUUGUUUGUUUUUUCUUCCAGAAACACGACGCUACAAGACGGACGGUGCAGCAGCUGGCGCAGACGUCCACAUCUGGUAAAUACCCUCAUGCUUUCUCUCAUAUGUCAAAGAAUUCUCUUGAUUUGUUAAACUGCCGUGUGUGUGUAGUGAGGCCUGGCUCGGGAGGCGAGGAUCCCGUCCACAUCGCCUGGACGUCGAGCGAGGACGAGGACUCUGAUGGCGAACCCCAGCUCCCUCUCGCCGUCACGAAGGCCGCUCGGAGACCCAGACCGACGGUCAGCAGCGCGUCCAGCAGAUACGCCCGCUUCCUCAGCACAGGAGCAGAUACAGACGAGCUUCCCACCAUCGAUUCAGAAAGCGAGCACGAGGACAUUUCUACGUCAAAGGAGCCAAUUUCUCCGGCGGCGGCUGAGAUCUCGGACUACUCUUCGGAUAGCGAUGGAGAUCCCGACACCAGCUGGCUGGACUCUCCUGCUCAGGAGCCAGCAGAGCAGCGACAGAGGUCCGUCAGCGAGUGGGUUCGAGCUGCCCAAGCUCUGCUCCAGACGCCUCCGAAACAAACAGAUAAGCCCUCGAAGACACCCGAGGACUCCGGGAAAAAGAAGCGCAAGUUUGAAAGCCGGGGGCUCGCAGAGAGACUGAACAGGCUUCAAUGUCGACAAAGGUCAGCCAUAAGCUUCUGGAGGCACCAGCCUGUGUCCAGCAUUACCACAGGAACAGAGGAGAGACCGGGCGUGUUAGUGCUCCACGUUCAGAGCGUGUGGGAGGUUUGCGGGACACAGGCCGCGCUCUGCCAGAGACUCCCAGAGAGACAGAUGUGCGUCGUUCUGUUCAGCAAGGAAACAGCCGCUCAGCUGGCGCCCGGCGCCGGCGACACCGUCCACAUCCAUCCACCGUGGCAAAGCCUGACCGUUGACGGCGAGCGCCAUCCCAUCAUUCUCAACACGCAUUUCAGCCAGAAAGUUUCAGGAGCGACGAAGCAGGACACCGGUGCGACCUGCUCGAAGGUUCUGUGCCUGACCGAGAAGACCAAACCAUAUCCUUUAACCAGGUGCUUCUGGAAAAGGGAAGAGAAUUUUCAGUCUUCUCAGGCGUCCAUCCCUGAUAAACAGACCCGCAGGGAUGCAGGAACUGCGUUUGAGUCGCUCCUGGAGGCUCUGGAGGCUUGUGGGCCAUCAGGGUCUGUGUGUGGUCCUGUGGAGGCGGUGGUCCAGAGGAUCUACUUCUCCUCUGUCGCGCAGUUCCCUCACACAAGCUUACUCCGACACCGGACGCUCAGCAAGCAUAACUCUGGAACGGCGCCGCAACGACGUGUCGGCAGGUACGGUGCUUCACUGUGUUGUUUGCUGGUGCAGGACGUUUACGGUAUGUUCGGCGAGGUGGAGAUGCAGUACGCGUCUUCAGAAGACGAGCUAAAAGACCUCACGGAGCAGCUGCAGGGAAGAGUGUGUCUGCUGCAGGGACUGAAGGUGAUCCAGCGCCUCACUCGUGAGAGAUGUGCUCAGCUCUUCAGUUUGAUUGACAGUCUGUGGCCUCCUGCGGUUCCUCUGCGAGUUCCUGGAGAAGGUUCAUGCUGUCAGACUGUUAAAGUAGCAGCACCGAGUUUCUGUUACAGACUGACGGGACAGCGGGACCGCGUGUUCCCUAAAGGCGAGUCACCGCUGUACCGUCCUCCUUUAAUUCAGACCCUCCGAGAGAUCCUGCAGGACGAGCCCGCGAGUCGGUGGUGCAGCUUCAAGGCUACUUUGGUUUAUAAGCGAGAACAGGAUAAAGAAGGGAAGGACCUCUUGCUGUUCGUGACAGACUCCAGCCUCCAGCAGGACGAGCAGGACUCGGGAAGCGUCAGCAGAACCGUACCUGUGCACGCGAACUCCGUGUUCCUGCUCCGUCACGCCGCCGCUGCACCGUCGCCCCGGUUCGGGUCGAGGCUUAUUUUCAGAGACGCCGUAAUGGAGCAAGGUAAGAUCAUCGUCUCAGGGCAGACUGUGGUUCGACUGGACUCGGAACCAUCCCGGAGUCUGAAUAUUUCUUCGCCCCGGUCUGUUCUGCUGGACCAGCUGAGCCCCGAGAGCCCGUCCUGCUCUCUUUGCACCGUUACAGGAGUGGUGACGGACGUAGACGAGAAUUCUGCGUUUUCGUGGCCAGCCUGCGGUCAGUGUGGAGGCGACGGCUUAGAGGCUUCAGAAGAUAAACCAGACGUGUUUUCCUGCGUAGUGUGUGGAGUCGUGGACAAACCGAGCAGAAAGAUGCAGCUGGAAGUGUUUCUCAGCUGUCCUUCAUCACGUCCCUGGACUGUCAAAGUUAAGCUACAGCAAAACUCCAUCAUGUCCCUCCUAAACUCGACAGGACAUGCCGAGGGCUACGAGGUGGAGGCGGUGCUCGGGAAGAACGUCGGCCCCCUGAGCGCCUUCAUCCACGUGGUCACCCGCUCUCCGUCCCUCUGGAUGGGUUUGGAGGAGAUCACUCUUUAACCCGGGAUUACUAAUACAUCUCUGUGUCUUACCUCA